ACGACUCGCCUGUCCAGUUGUGAUCGAGACCGGGACCCUUCGCAGCGCCUCCCCCCAAACCCGAGUCGAUUCGACCAAAGCCCACCACCAGCCUCUGCCCGCCGCCACCCCGCCGCCUCCGGCGACCGCCGGAGCCUCCACAACAAGAGGAGAUCUCGUUGGAGCGGAGGAGCAGGAAGAGGGGGAGAAGAUGGUGAGCUCUUCGUCGCCGGUGGUGAACGUGUACCCGCUCGCCAACUACACGUUCGGCACCAAGGAGCCCAAGAUGGAGAAGGACACCUCCGUCGCCGACCGCCUUGCCCGCAUGAAGGUCAACUACAUGAAAGAAGGAAUGCGCACAAGUGUUGAAGCAAUCCUAUUGGUGCAAGAGCACAACCACCCCCACAUACUGCUCCUGCAAAUUGGAAAUACAUUUUGCAAACUUCCUGGUGGACGGUUGAAGCCUGGAGAAAAUGAAAUUGAGGGUCUCAAAAGAAAGCUGUGCAGCAAACUUGCAGUGAACUCGCCUUCCUUUCCACCUAACUGGCAGGUUGGGGAGUGUGUUGCUGUGUGGUGGAGGCCGAACUUUGAGACUGUGAUGUAUCCUUACUGCCCUCCGCAUAUCACCAAGCCCAAGGAGUGCAAGAAGCUCUUCAUCGUUCACCUUUCUGAAAGAGAGUAUUUCGCUGUUCCAAGGAAUUUGAAGCUGCUGGCUGUUCCACUGUUUGAACUCUACGACAAUGUUCAGCGAUAUGGGCCUGUCAUCUCCACUAUCCCGCAGCAGCUUUCUAGGUUCCAGUUCAACAUGGUUAGCUCUUAGGGCAACAAGACUGGAAGAUUAGUUUGGCGGAGGCUGCUCUUUUGUCAGACUUAUGUUGAGAUGGAUCUUUGACGUGCUGAGCCAGCUGAUCGACGUACCAUGACUGAUUUUAUUUCACCAUGCUGGAUUUUUAUCUAGACUACAACAAUGUAGACAUGCAUUUCUGACUGUAUUUUGGUGGCUUAUUCUGUUAUCACAGCUCCAGCUGGUGCGUGAUGUAUGUUAGAUUAUUGCUGCUUGUUCUGUCGCGCUAAUUGUUUAUGUAGAUGUACGUCUGUAUGCUUGUUCCGCCGCUCCGGGUUUUGUUGUAACUUCACUAGCUCUUGAGGCUGCUAUGUUUUUUUUUUUUGUUUUAGAGCUUGUAAUGUUUAUCCGCACGGAGCAACCCCUGUAAGCUGUAAACAGGCACAUUGGCACAUCUUAUCUUAGGAUAGAGGAUAGGGUACACAUGAUUGGAUAUUUGAAAACAUCUCGUUCCAUCGUA